CACUAGAGGUCCCUGCAGACCGUAAAAUGGAUAUGUUUAUUCAUUAGUCAGAACUCCUCCUUUAUUGGCGACGCAACAAAACGCGUACGUCGACAUUGGAAGGCGUAUAGUUGAACCACCUCAUCUAUAGAAAUAUUGCCACGGAAUGAUAAGCGCCUCAUAGAUGUCUGGAUAUAUAUUUUUGCAUUUUUGCUGGAUGUUUUUCUGAGCAAAAGGAUGAGUCGGCUGGAGCACAGCAGGCGGACACCGUUGAUGCUUUGCGCCAUUCUUCUUUGUUUGUGCGGCUGGUCCGCAGGACAGGUUUCCUACUCGGUCUUCGAAGAGGUGGACAAAGGAACUCUGGUCGGCAAUCUGGCUAAGGAUCUAAACAUUAAUGCACAGCAACUGCAGGAGCGUGGAUUUAAGAUCGUGUCUGGGUACAGUAAGAACUAUUUUGAGGUGAAUUUAAGGACUGGGGCGUUGUUAGUCAACGAACGAAUAGACCGCGAGGAGCUAUGCCAGAAUCUCCCAAAAUGUUCAUUAAAUAUAGAAGGCGUGCUAAACAGUCCUAUGAAUAUAUAUCGCAUAGAAGUGGCGGUUCUUGACGUUAAUGAUCACGCACCAGUCUUUCUGGAGAAAACUCACGCAUUCAACAUCUCCGAGUCCUCCUCCGCCGGGGAGAGGUACCCGCUCCCGGUUGCCCAAGACGCAGACGCGGGCAGUAAUUCGGUGAAAACGUACAAGUUAAGCGCAAACGACUAUUUCUCCAUCGACGUGGGCGGCGGGGGAGACUCUGCAGAACUGGUUCUGCAGAAAGCUUUGGAUCGAGAGAAGCAGUCCGUCAUUACGCUGACACUGACCGCUAUUGACGGUGGUAAGCCGGCAAAAAGUAGUGCGUUGCGCGUCAUAGUGAAUGUGAUCGAUGUGAAUGAUAACACGCCAUCCUUCAGUAAAACCCUCUAUAAGGUGAGUUUUAGUGAAAAUGUGCCAAAAGGUACAAUUUUACUGAAAUUAAAUGCGACUGAUUUAGACGAAGGCCCACACGCAGAUAUAAGGUAUUAUUUGAUGACAAGGGGAAGUGGAGAUGACUCAAAUUUUAUGAUUACGCCUGAAACAGGUGAUUUAAUUCUAAAAGGCAACUUGGACUACGAAGAAGCGAACGCAUAUGAAUUACGAGUUAGGGCGACAGACCAGGGCGCCUCGCCUCGCAGCGGCUACGCCAAAGUAUUAGUGGAGGUCAGUGACGUCAACGACAAUGUGCCGGAAAUAACCGUGACGUCACUCAUGAAUCCAGUCAAAGAGAAUGUGGAAAUUGGUACGGUCGUCGCACUUGUGACGGUGACGGAUAAAGACGCGGGUAAAAACGGCCGCACUACCAGUCAAGUUGAAAAUUCAGUUCCAUUCAUGCUGAAAUCAACCUAUAAGAAUUACUACUCAUUGAUGAUUAACGCUCCCCUAGAUAGAGAGUUGUUACCUGAGUACAAUAUCACUAUUGUUGCGAAAGAUGAGGGAAGUCCACCGCUUUCAAGCACGUCUAUAAUCACCGUGCAUGUGUCUGAUAUUAAUGACAAUGCGCCUCGUUUUACACAAGACUCUUUGAACAUUUAUGUGAAGGAAAACAGCAAUGUGGGCAAAGUUAUUGCAACGGUCACUGCCCAUGAUGCAGAUACAGCUGAUAACGCAAGAGUAUCUUAUGCGCUGUUGGAUAAUAAUCUGGAACAUUUUCAAAUCACAUCAAUUGUAAACAUCAACUCAGAGACUGGAGAUAUAGUCAGUUUGCAGUCGUUUGACUAUGAGAAGUUAAAGACGUUCCGGUUUAAAGUUCAAGCCACAGACUCUGGUGUUCCUCCACUCAGCAGCAACGUGACUGUCAAUGUUUUUAUCCUGGAUGAGAAUGACAACAGUCCCACCAUUCUGGCGCCAUAUUCUGAGCACAGCUCCGUUAACAGUGAGAGCAUCCCCUAUUCUGCUGAAGCGGGAUACUUUGUGGCAAAGAUCAGGGCUGUAGACGCAGACUCUGGAUACAAUGCACUGCUCUCCUAUCACCUGUCUGAGUCCAAAGGCAACAACAACAACCUCUUCCGGAUCGGAACCAGUACCGGGGAGAUCCGCACCAAGAGGAGAAUGAGUGACAAUGACCUGAAAAGUCACCCCUUGGUGGUGUCGGUGUGUGAUCAUGGAGAAGCCUCCCUGUCAGCUACUGUGUCUAUUGAUGUGGUGGUGCUUGAAAGCACAGCUGACAUCCACACUCAGUUCAGACAUGUGCCCAUAAAGGAGGAGAACUUCUCCGACUUACACCUGUACCUGCUCAUCGCCAUUGUGGCCGUGUCACUCAUCUUUCUGCUCAGCCUCAUCACUUUAAUAGCCGUCAGAUGCCACAGACAGACAGACGGCACUUUCGGCAGGUACGGCGCCCCGAUGAUCACCACCCAUCCUGACGGGAGCUGGUCUUACUCCAAAGCUACUCAGCAGUAUGACGUGUGUUUCAGCUCAGACACACUCAAGAGUGACGUAGUGGUUUUCCCCGGACCUUAUCCACCUGUAGAUGCUGAACUGAUCAGUAUUAAUGGAGGAGACACCUUUAGCAGGACUCAGACUUUACCUAACACUGAUAAGGUAGGCUGA